CCCGGCGCCGCCGCCGCCGCCGCCCCCGCCAAGGAUGCUCCGGGACCCGGUCGCCCGCAUCCUGGCCCGGCCGAGGCCAGCGCUCGUACGUGCUUAGUGCAGCCGCCUCGGAGCCGAGCAUCACCCUCCCUAGACCUCCUGCUUCUCCUCCCUGCCCCAUCGUGGUCCCUUGCUCCAUUUGCCUCCUCCCCUGUGACCCCUCUUUCCUCACCUCCUGUCCCCCUCUCCCAGACCUCAGAAUCACCCACUUCCCAUAUUUCACGUGGUGACCCUCCUCCCCUGUCCCACGAAUUAUCAGGCGCCAUAAACCUCCUUCUACAAUCUUGAGCUGAUCGCCCACUUUUCCUGGCAACACUCACCUUUCCAUCGUCCCAUCCCCCUCCUCUCCUGAACUCCUGGUGGUCACCAUCUGUGUUAACCCAUCUUCAGCCCUCCCCUCUUUCCCACUCUCCAGGGCAGGUGGGUGCUGAGAAGCUGGCCAAGAGAGGGCAGGUCCCCAGGUCUGCACCAGGAAGGGCUGGCCCCAGGGCAUAUCUCUGGCUUCUGAGUGGAGAGGGUGACAUGCAUCACACACCUUGCCCAGGGCUGUGCUGCUCACUGGGGGGCUUCCAGGGUGACUUGGCUUCAUCCUGAGGGUGAGCAGACACUCUUUGGCAUUGGGCAGCCUCUGGGAAUGGACAUCUGAAGUAGAUUGACCAGGUCAGGUCUGAGACCAGCUCUCCCAGGUGUUCAUGGUGUCAGAAGUUGUCUUGGAUUGGACUUGCCCUCCAACUGGCCAUGGAUUUGAACUCAAUUCCCCAGAGCCAACUGAGCUGGAAGAUCUGGGGUUGCAUAUUAUUAAAGUGCAGAGCUGCGGUGAGAUGUCCCCAUCCCUGAUGAGGACAGAAAUAACACAGAUGACAGUGAACAAAUGCGUGAAGGAAGCUGGAAGCUACUGUGGUCACUGGGCAAGGAGCUGUCAGGGGAGUCUCUCCCCUUCCCACUGGGUAGCUGUGAGGAUCAAACGUUUGAAGCAGUGCUUAAUAAACUGCCAGUCACUCUACAAAUGUUUGGUUUUCCUAAACAAAUCCUUUCACAGGGACCGACGGCACUUGAUAAUGUGACAAAAACCAGCCUCUUCCACCCUACUGCAGUGACUUUUGCCAGAAGUGGAGCAGUGGGCACGGCCGACCUUGUCGUUCAUCAAUGCCGCCCCUGGCAGGAUCUGAGGAUUGGUGGCAGCCAUGCCUCCCCCUGCCCCAGUCGCUCCUUCCCCCCCACGCUGAUCUGCAUGGUGUGGGCGCCCUUGGGACCCCCGAGGACUGAUUGUCUGACCUUGCUUCACACCCCCAGUAAGGACUGCCCCAAGAUGUCGCUCGAGUGGCUGGUGGCCUGGAGCUGGUCGCUGGAUGGCCUGAGGGACUGCAUCGCCACCGGCAUCCAGUCAGUGCGGGACUGCGACACCACCGCUGUCAUCACUGUGGCCUGCCUCCUGGUCCUGUUCGUGUGGUACUGUUAUCACGUGGGCAGGGAGCAGCCCCGGCCCUAUGUCUCCGUCAACUCCCUCAUGCAGGCGGCCGAUGCCAACGGGCUGCAGAAUGGCUAUGUGUACUGCCAGUCCCCCGAGUGCGUGCGCUGCACCCACAACGAGGGCCUCAACCAGAAGCUGUACCACAACCUGCAGGAGUACGCCAAGCGCUACUCCUGGUCCGGCAUGGGCCGCAUCCACAAGGGCAUCCGCGAGCAGGGCCGGUACCUCAACAGCCGGCCCUCCAUCCAGAAGCCCGAGGUCUUCUUCCUUCCCGACCUGCCCACCACGCCCUAUUUCUCCCGGGAUGCACAGAAACAUGACGUGGAAGUGCUGGAACGGAACUUCCAGACCAUCCUGUGCGAGUUUGAGACCCUCUACAAAGCUUUCUCAAACUGCAGCCUCCCGCAAGGAUGGAAAAUGAACAGCACCCCCAGCGGGGAGUGGUUCACCUUUUACUUGGUCAAUCAGGGGGUUUGUGUUCCCAGGAACUGUAGGAAGUGUCCACGGACGUACCGCUUGCUCGGAAGCCUUCGGACCUGUAUUGGGAACAAUGUUUUUGGGAACGCGUGCAUCUCUGUGCUGAGCCCUGGGACUGUGAUAACGGAGCACUAUGGACCCACCAACAUCCGCAUCCGAUGCCAUUUAGGUCUGAAAACUCCAAAUGGCUGUGAGCUGGUGGUGGGGGGAGAGCCCCAGUGCUGGGCAGAAGGGCGCUGCCUUCUGUUUGAUGACUCUUUCCUGCACGCUGCAUUCCACGAAGGUUCAGCAGAGGAUGGCCCUCGGGUGGUUUUCAUGGUGGAUUUGUGGCAUCCAAAUGUCGCAGCGGCCGAACGGCAGGCCCUUGAUUUCAUCUUUGCUCCGGGACGAUGAGAGCAUUUCCCGUGCUGGAGUCGGCAAGAGGGGCCGAGGCGGGGUCUGGACAGACUGUGGUCCGGUCCAGUCCCUACCGGUGUGAUGAUUCCAUGCUCAGAAACCUGCCUCAGCGGAAAGCUCUUCUUUGGGAUUUUAUAUCAUGUCAGGUCCCUCUUUCCUUUGGUUAUUGUAAAUGGAAACUUUUCAGCUUGUAUUUCCUUAGAUUUUUUUUUUUCUCCCUUCCAAUCAUUUGCUUCGGAGAUUCCUUUCCGGCCUAACAGCGCAUUCCUUUGAUUCUGUGACCAGAGAUUUAGAGCCCUUGUAAGUCAGUCUUCUGUUGCUACUUGUUUUUUUCAGUGCUCUGAAAUAGAGUAACUAAAUGGUUAUUUGUCUGAAUGUAAUAAUGUAAAAACUUCUUGUGGUCAUCUUAAAAAAAACAAAAAAACAAAAAAACUAAACUAAAAACUGCAAACCAGAGAGCUGGAGAACUUGGCCUCUGAUGCUGGCACACAGGGGACCCUUCAGCCGCCCGAGGGCAGAGGGACAGUCUGCAGCUCCCGCACCUGACUGGCUUCAUAGCUGGGUGGAGAGGCUGCCAGACACGGUCAGGAUGGUGCACAGCUUCCAGCCCAGGGAUGCUGUCACCAUCGCUCACCUCACCCUAAACCUUGUCAGGUCCCUGAUGGCAAAAGCAUUGGGCCGGCAGGACUAGAGGCUACUCUUUAAACACGGCUUUCCUGCAAAGCUGAAGCUGGUGUCCCCCAGCGCCAAGCUUCGGCUCACACAGAUCAGCCACGGAACGUGUGAUCCACUUACCUCACUGCCUACAGAAGCCCUACUGCCAAACUGGGCCUGGAAAAUUCCCAGUUUUAGCUGUUUUGAGUCCAUGAUGAUGAACGUUAAGGCCACCAGGUUGGCUGAUAGGAGCUGUAGGGGGAUAAGACCUCACUCACCCAGCGACAUUCGGGGAAAGCCUUUCUCUGGCAAAACUAGAAUAAUAGAUCUGGCCAAAGUUUCUGUUUUGCUUUGGAGUUCUGUUGCCUAUGGUUUUUGGUUUUUUUUUUUUUCUUUUAUUUGUCUGUACAUAAAUGUUCAAACACUAGACUCGGAGAUAGUGGAAGAGUUGGCCUUGUAUCUUUGUCACAGCACAAAGGUGUGCACUGCGUGAUGAUGGCCCAAGCCAGUGUGUGCUAGUGAGGAGACAGAGACGACCUACACGCCCAGAGGACCCGUGGCCAUUGUGCUGGUUUUCUGGUCUCCUGUGAAGAACAUGUGGAUCUCUUCCUGAAAGAAAAGGUCCCAGGAGACCAGUUUGAAGCACUCAGUCUAGAAAUAGCCUGUGUUAGCUGAUGUGUGAAAGCAUAGCCAGCCAGCCACACUAGAGAUGCCUUUUCUGAAUAAUAUAGUAUGAGCAGUGUCAGAUUUAUAAAGCCGAGGAGUGAUUUGGAAUAUACAGCUGGUCGCAGGUGCAGGUCCAGUGUUUAGACCCGAAUGGAAAACAACAGCUUCUAAGAGGUACAACCAUCCAAAGAAAACACAAUUAAAAUGCACCAGGCAGGUACUAGCAAGUGUGCAAAGAGCACAUGUCUACAUUUGAGUAAAAUGUCUACACAGAUAUUUGUCAGGGACGAGAAUGCAGGAAAAGGCAGACAUUUCAAACACACCUGAAGUUUUUUUACUCAUUAAGUAUCUUGUUAAAGAAUCACUAAGGUGCAUGAUUUAUACACAUCCUGACUACUCUGCUCUGCGUUUACAAAACCAACAGCCCGCGCAGGUACCUAGCUACCUGCAUUCAUGUGACGUGGUUGAGGAACAGAAGAUAAAUAAAGGAUCUUGCUGAAAACCAGA